GCAACGCCAUUAAACACGAACGAUGGCUACUCACGCAUGUAAAUCUAUUUCCCGAUUUGUGCCUUGGCGUCAACUGCCGUUACGACGAAAAUUAUUAAGACCAAAGACACAUACAUAAGGUACCUACGUGCUAUAUACUAUUAGGCAGACAGGAUGGAUAAUAGGCCACUAUCAGUCGCGGACGUUCCCCCACGGUUCCUCAAUGCCACGCUACUCGUCGGCCACAUCCCUCACAGGGCCCUCGCCUCCGACCCACGCGUGUCUUAUGCGCUAUACGUGCCGCCGCAGCGCUACUACGACAGCCACAACGGGGCAGGGGGGCCAGCACCCACAAUCCCGGCGCCAGCCGCCAAGCUCCCUCUGCUAGUCUCAGUGCACGGCACCAGGCGCCACAUGCACGACGUCUACGAGCUAGCCCCGUUCGCCGACGCCGUGGGGUGCGCGAUCCUCACGCCGCUAUUCCCGACGGGGCUCGACGGCCCCAACGACAUCGAUUCCUAUAAAUUGCUCCGCUCGAAGACGCUGCGGUCGGACCUCGCGCUGCUGUCGAUGCUCGACGAGGUCGCGGCGCGCUGGCCGGACGUCGACACGGACCGCAUCUUCCUCAUGGCGUUUAGCGGCGGCGGCCAGUUCGCGCACCGCUUUCUUUACCUGCACCCCGAGCGCCUGGCGGCCGUCAGCGUCGGCGCGCCGGGCCACGCGACGGUGCUGGAUGAGCGGGAGGAUUGGCCCGUGGGGAUUAGGGAUGUCGAGGGCCUUUUUGGGAAGAGUGUUGAUAAGGCUCUUAUUAGAAAGGUGCCUAUCCACCUUGUCGUCGGCAGUGCAGACGUCAAGAUCCACGGCGGUAAGGAGUUUUGGGCUUGGAUUAGGGAGUUUCAGGCUCGGCGUGGCGCUGCAGGUGCAGAUAUUGGCGAUGCGUCGGCGCUUCUGCCCGUUGACCGAGGCAGAUUUGAGACCCUGCAUAACCUGCGCGACGCGUGGAAGCAGGAUGGUAUUGAGGCCCAACUAGAUGUUGUCGAGGGGGUGUCCCACGACGCUAGAGGCGUUCGCGAUCACGUAUUGGCAUUCCUGAAGCCAAGGAUACAGAAUCAUUCUAGCGAUUGUGUACUAUGAUUACUAGAAUCGGCACACUUUGGCAACGUCUUCUUAUCAUUAAGAACACUUGCCUCGGGUUUUCAAUAUCGUUCCAAGUCAGUUGUGUAGGACUAGACCAUACUUCGAAUUAUGAAUGAAAGCUUAUCAAUCAGCGUAUACCAGCCUGCAUGAUUUUCGACUUUUGUAAUUAAAACAUCGCAGUUAUUGUAUGUAGCCAUUUGGAUGAUGGCGGGUGGCAGCGUAAAGUGAGUGGUCACAGAGGCAGGCUGGCUCUGCCUGCUGGCUGUAAUACCGUAUGUACACAACGCGCCUCGUAAGAUGUGAUACGGUUGAUGGCUAUUGGAUUAACCAAGACGAAAUACGCCUAGCCCCUGGUCACAAGGUAAUUCCUCUAUGAUGAUAAAGAGUGAGUAACUAGGUAUGUAUGGUUAACGAUGUAGGUAGCGUACCUAUUGCCCGUAAGAAAUCAAUGUUAC